CCACCCACCCGGUACCUGUUAGUCACAGAAAGUCUCAGGAUCAUUGAAUCUGCUGAGUUGGAAGGGACCCUCAGGAUCACCGAACCCACCUCCUGGCCCUGCGCAGGACACCCCAGGAAUCCCACCAAGUGAAACUUAGUGACAGUUUAAAAGUGACAAUCUAAAAGCGACAAGCAGAGACUGCGGUGUUUUUAGGGCGGCUCCAGAGGCAGAGGGUCGCUGCCAUUCGCCGGGAAAGAGGGAUGGCGCCAGGUGUCCCCGGAACCCCGGCGGUCGCUCGGCUAUGACGUGCCCUGCUCCCAGCAUAUCCGGCCCGGCCAGCCCGGCGGGUCCCGCCCGGUGUCUCGCCCUUCCCGGCGCUUCCCAUGGCCCUGCCCGCCGUCCACAGAUGCCUCCAACUCAGUGAUGAAAAUGAACAGUUAGUCAAGAAGGUGAAAAGACUACACAUAAAAAAUAAGGAGCUAGAAAAGAAUCUGGGUCAGAUCCAAGAAAAGUUGCAUCUGCAGCAGUUAAUGCCUGACUGUGGCACAAGCAGAGAUGUUCAGGUUCAAACAGAAAUCCAUUUAUGGUGUAAGGGUGGAGACAGCAAGGAUUUUGUUCUAGAGUGUGACAGUGUCAGACUGCUUCAUAUGUAUAAUGAGCUACAGAAACGUUACGUUAGAGAAAGCAAAAAAAACAAGGAGCAAAGUGAAGCAAUUAAAAAUCUCACUAUUAAAAUUCAUGAGCUAGAGCAUAAUCUUCAAGAGCAGAGGCAAAGAAUUGAACAACUGGAAUGUAAAAAGGUUUCUUGGAAAACUAGUGCUGUUUCUGGAAAAAGAAGUCGAACCUCAGAGGGAGGAAUAACUUCUCACAGGGACAUUUCUGAAGAGAAGGAACCCUGUUGCAGUGAAUAUUUAGGUAAUGGUGCCGUUAAUUUUGAUGAUGUUCCUUCUAGUAUGCCCAUCAGAGAGAAUGCAUUUAAUUUCUGACCUAGAGGCCGUUUUUCUACUUCAACCAGCAUUAGCUAAAAUGUUCUUUUCAUUUUUGAAAACCUGUUAUGUAAAAAUGGCAUCUUGUAGUCUAGGAUUCAACCUUGCAUUUGUUUGUUAUUAAAUGUUUGCUGUUUUGUUUUUCUGGAAUUGGUAGGUUGAUAAAAUCAGAGGUAGGAGUGUGUGGCUGUAUUUAGAGCUAUUUAUUCUUUAUUCUGGUAAGAUGUAUGUAUGCAGAUCCCUUAGUAAUAAUGUUUACUGCACCAUUCUUUGGUUUUCAGACACUGAUAUACAAAAUAACCUGGGUUUAGCCCUAAAAUGUUGGACAAACCUAGGCAAUACUGAUUUCAGCAUGUUCUUCCUCACAAGUAAAUCCACAAGUUAAGGUGCAAUCCUGUUCUACGUCAAAGCAUAGAAAAGAGGUGGAAGAGAUCUUAUAAUGUAGGCAUAAUUUUCAGGAAAUGUGCUGUCAGCAAGGGCUAAUGUGACCCUCUUGUAAGUCAGAAAAAGGUAAUUGAAGCAUGUAUGUUUUGUGGAUUUUUAAAGUAAAAUAAUCCUCCAUUCUAAGAAUCUGGCAAAUUCAAAUUAUCCAGUUGGCAAAUCCUGCUGUCUUUCAUAGUACUUGGGUAUGUUCUGGGCCAGUUCUUAAGAAUAAAUCACUUUAUGAAAAAGAUACUUUAAUUUUCUAAUAUCACAAAAGGUAGGCAGCUCUUUAACUGUCAUAUGAUUCAUAUGAGUGGGAGGUUGACUGUAUUGGUUGAAGUGUACAUUUUUUUAUUUGAAUGUAGAGCUAUUGUUGAAGGAGAUUAAAAAGCUGAAGAAAGAAAAUGCAAAGUUGUCUGCAGAAAAGAGAGCACUAAAAAAUGAAUUAGCUGGAUUAGACAAGGGAUUUUGUACUGACAAAACACCCAGUGUGAUCCUUUGACUACUCCUAGCUAUUUUUGUCCAAGAGAAGAGAACUGAGCCAUUGAGUCUUAUGCUGGUGCUGCAAUGCUGAGUUAUAGCUCGACUACUGUGAAGAAUCUUCCUCUGAAGAAGAGGCUCUGUUUUCUGUUGAAACUUGUGGGCUUUGUCACCUCAGUGUUCAUAUUUUGUGAAUUUUUAAUUUAUUAUGUGGUGAUUUUUCAAUGCCGAUGGCCAGAAGUGAAAGGUGGAGCUCCCAUGGGUGAAAAAGAGACUUCAGCUUCAGUCCUAAAGGCCAUGAUUUUAGCUGAUACUCACCUACUUGGUGAAAUCAAAGGACAUUGGUUUGAUAAACUAAGAAGGGAAUGGCAGAUGGAGAGAUCUUUCCAAACUGCCUUAUGGUUACUGCAGCCAGAUAUUGUUUUUAUUCUGGGAGAUAUCUUUGAUGAAGGCAAAUGGAGCUCACCUCAGGCAUGGGCAGAUGAUGUCAGGAGAUUUCGGAAAAUGUUCAAGUAUCCAGUUUCUACUGAGCUAGUGGUCAUUGUUGGGAAUCAUGACAUUGGAUUUCAUUAUGAAAUGACUACUUACAAGGUAAAUCGAUUUGAAAAGGUUUUCAACUUGACUUCAGGAAAGCUAAUAACUCGGAAAGGAAUAAACUUUGUCCUGGUGAACAGUGUAGCCAUGGACGGUGAUGGCUGUGCUGUCUGCAGUACCUCAGAGGCAAAGCUUGUGGCACUUUCUCACAAACUGAAUUGCUCCCUGCAGAAACCAAAUCAUUCCAACAAAAGAUGCAGUGAUGUGGAAGAGCUUCCAGCUUCAGAACCCAUUCUUUUACAGCAUUACCCUCUCUAUCGGAAAAGUGAUGCUGAAUGCAGUGGAGAAGAUUCUGCUCCUCCAGAGGAGAAGAACACCCCCUUUAAAGAAAAGUAUGAUGUACUGUCUCAAGAGGCAUCACAAAAGCUGAUAUGGUGGUUUCACCCCCGUUUGAUUCUCAGUGGACACACACAUAGUGCUUGUGAAGUGCUGCAUGCAGGGAAAAUUCUAGAAGUCAGCGUCCCGUCAUUCAGUUGGAGGAAUAGAAACAAUCCUAGUUUCAUCAUGGGCAGCAUAACACCAACUGACUUCUCCCUCCAAAAAUGCUUCCUUCCAUAUGAGAGCAGAGUCUUUACUAUAUACUGUGCAGCAGGUGCUCUGUUUGUGAUCCUGAUACUAGCUCAUGUUCAGCUUCUCACUCCACCGUUUUAUUUUGCUCAGCGUUUAAUCAGUAAGCAUAAAGCAGUAUGAAGAGCCAGACAUCUGCAUUCAGUCACUGAAAUACCAAAGCUGAGAACAGUCAAACAUCAGACUAUAUUCAUGCCAGCAAAUGACCUAAUUUGAUUGCUAGUCUGAAGGCAGGUUGCAUUUAUACAUACCAUAGAAGUCCUAUACAGCUGAUAUGACUACUACAGGAUAAAUAAUUAACUGAAAUGAACGUUUCAUGCUGUACAAAAAUACUGUAUUCGACAAUCAAAUGAGUCCUUUUCCUGCUAUAAUUUUUGUAUCAAAUAUGUAUAUUAAAAGUGUAACUGUACAUUAUGUAAAUUCUAUAGCCUCAUCACUUGUCUGCACUAGUGUCUUACCCUGGUGGAGGCUGAAUCCUGCAAACUGGAAACGUUUCUCUGUUUUAUUGCUGCAUGGCCCUUCUAAUGUCAUGCUUGUGUUCUAGGGUCAGGCAGAAACUAGAUGCAUCAGCACUGAGAGAUGCUGAUUUCCAUAACCUUUUUAGGGUGUCAUUUGUAAGGGGACUGUGGUUUGGGACAAGAGAUCUUCUGGUUCUUGACACAGUAAAUUGUUAGCUGACUGUAAUUUGCAGUUAUCGUCUACCAGACAACAAAGGGAAGAAGCUCGUGGAUCCAGUUUGCUGAUACACACUUAAAACCUGCUUAAAAAAAAAUUAGGGUGACACCUCAAGCUGCUAUUUUCAAAGAGAUGUGCUAUGAUGAGCUUAAAAAAAGAGGGCCCUAUUGCAUCCCAGAGAUGUGUGGUGAGAGGCCCUCCAGUUUCUGAUCUCCUGCAAGAAGGGAGGUCAAAUACAGCUGCAGUAACAUCAUCCUAUGCCUUGGCCCUCAGUCUACGGACAGAUAGGGAUAGGAGUGCAUGUUAUUUUAGAUUCCUGCAGGGUGCCAAGUCCUGUUGACUUUGUUGUAAUGUCACAUGUUGAACUGCACCAGAGGCUGAGGCCACCAGCUGUGCCACAGGCCCCAGCCUGGGGGUCAGCACGGAGAAGAUAAAAUCUGAGCUCAGCAUCUUCACUCUGUGAGGGAAGGUGGACAAACCUACUGCUGCUCCCCACCUGCCCUGGAAAAAACAGAGGGACUAUUUCACACCAGAACUAGUUUUCCUGCUGAUGUUCCUGCAGAGGCUGGGAGCUCUAACCUGAACUUCUGUGCUGGGGAUAGUUUAAAAAAAAAAGACUAUCUUUUGUUAUUCGCUCUAUUACUUUCUUUGGCAUGGGAAAGAAGUGAGAGAAUUUUGGGAAUUUUGUUUACUAUUAGCUUAUUCCACCCAGCCUUUCACUUUUUGGGAAAUAUAACUAAAUUGAACAUAACACAUUUCUGGGAAAAGAAAUGGUCAUAUUAUAGUAUCUAAAAUGGGACUGUUUUAUAUUUAACUAGAAACAAGUUCUCAACUGGUCUGUAGUCUGAAUUUAAAAAGAGGUCUGAUUGGGGUUUAUAACUAAUAAUGAUACUUACAGUAAAAAGUUAAUAAAACCUACUAAUUUUUAUGCCAGUGUGGGGACUCUGUUAGCUCUUAAUCUCUCCCUAAAUUUAAAAUGGAGUGGGGGGAAUGGUCCAAAGUGUGGUAAAACACUCUAUAAAGUAAUGUAGUCUAACAUUUCUCUAGCUUUCUGUUAUUGCAACUGUAAUUUUAGACAUUUGUACAGGUUAUCUUGGACACAGGAAAAGUAUAUAGUCACAGACAUAAAACACCUAUGUAUAAAAUAUAAAGCAGUGUUAUAGUUACUAAAAAGGACAUGCCUUAUUGCUACAGCAAUUCUUGCUUUUUAUAUAUUGUACUGUACCACAACUUGUUUUGAGAAUGUCAUUUGCAUAAAUUAUUCAAGUUUGAGAAAUAUUCACACAUUUUGAUUCUACAAUAUUUAAAAUAAAACAAUUUUCUAAUGUG